UGCUUGCCCUGUCCGCGAGUAUCCUUUUUUGGGCGACCCCCGUUCAUUCACCGAGCCCGCCCGCCGCUGCGCCGGUCUGAGAGGCGGGUCUGAUGCUUCCUGGGAAUCCCCCCGCCAUGGGGCCGGUGGAGGCCGGCACGGCCAAAGGGGGCGUCACGUAUCAGUGGAUGAGUAAGCAAACACAGCACAUUCAGACAGCCAAUCAAUGGCAGCCACUGCGUCUCGUUCAUGAGAUGGCGGCUGUGUUAUGAUGUGUUGAUGGCUGUCAGGUCAGGGAGGGGCCGUGUCGCCGUCUGGGAGACGGUCUGUCAACCUCCCCUCAGCAGUCCCGAUGUCAGCAAGCUGCGAAAGCAUCGAUUCGUGCAUCUCCCUGCGCGUGUUGCUCCGUACUAUAGGUAUCUGCGUGGUGAGGGGUCUGACUACCUGAAGCACUACUACCCCCCGCCGCCCCACCACCCAGUGCCUGUCGGCCAGCAGCCCUUUGUCGGUCCGAUGCCUCUCAGCGCCUACCUGCCCGAGGGGCAGUUCGUCAACGGGCCAUCGAUUAGGGAAACCAAGUUUCAGAAGGGAUUCUACCGCAGAACCAGACGUACGUAUGUGCGUGAGACGCACAGAUGGGCUGCUAGGCUGGGUGCUUGGCUGACGUGUGUGUGUGGUUGUGUGUGCUUGUGUGUUGAUAUGAUUGCAGAGCAGAUCGAGGAGAUGCAGCGGCAGCAGCUGGGUGUGGGUGCUUCUUCAUCGAGUGCGGUGCUACCGAGAAACCCACUCAUACCGGACCAGCUCCCACCGCCGCCACGUAAACAAGCAAGGAGAGCAGGCGCGUUGCAGGGAGGCAGGCAGGCGACAUUCUGUGUCUCUGUCUCUGUCUUGGCGGGGCAGCUGUCGGCAUUCAUCGGCACUCGAUUGCGGGAACGGGUUACCUCCCGACAUUGGCACCGUUCGGCGCUGCCCCAGAGAGGUGAGGGAAAGGAAUGACAGUUGGACCGACGCACCAAUCGGUUGCUUGGCUCCUGUGUGAGUGCAGUGAGCGUCACGGGCGCAAGAUGGUCAUCCCGAAUGUUGUGUUUCCGCAUCAGGGGCACGAACAGGACGUGCGCAGGUACACAGCGAGGAGGGGGAAGAAGGGGGCCACCUGUGUGUGUGGAAUGAGACAUGGUGGCCUUGAUUGCAUUGCAAUGCAUCCAUAUCAGACGGUUGAGUUUUGCGAGGUUCUACCAGUGGCACGAGAGCUCGCCGGCGCGGCAGGAACGGCUUGUAAAUGAAGGACUCUGCCAGGUGAACAUGUGUGCGCAGAAUCAGAGGCCAGACGGCGCACAGAGGGGUGUGCAUGAUAUAUGUCUGAUGCCUGCAGACGUUGCGUCAGAGUGCUGUGUUGGGUGACGGGAGCUACACGAGCAAAAGCGCCCGCAACGCAUCCGAGGUACGUUUGUCAGCAGCAACCUGCAGGCUAUGCGUGAGAGGAAGACGACGGCACUUGCCUUAAAGGCAAUGUGGGAUGGUUGCACAUUCAGGGCGCGAAAGAUGCCUUCAUGCAGUUUCGUACCUAGUAAAGCAACCGAGGAGAGAGGGUGCUGCGGGCGAUCGAUGCCGACAAGCUCAAGACAGAGAUGUCUCACAUACCCUUUGGUUUGUGCUGCCUGCCUGCCUGCCUGUCAGUUCUGCCAUCGGUCUGUGCGAGUCUGGAAUGAGAGAUACGAUAAACUGACUUUUCUGUUUCUGAUCUGAGUGACCGACUGCCCAUAUCCUUCGGGGAUUCUGAUGAGCAUGUGGCUUGGCGAAUCUCGG